UCGAUGCAGCACAGCCAUUUGCUCAGACCGACGGAGCGCAUGCAGAACGAACUGAAGAGAGCGCAGAAAAGCGCAACACCUGUCGUUACAGCGCUAACGCAACUGUUACGAACGACAAAGGAAACGGGAAGAACAAAAGCAAGGAAGAGAAGCUGUAGAAAAUGGCAGCGCCACAGAAGCAAGAAAACAGAGGCGCGGUAGAAAGAAUGGCUGCCACGUGCUACGUAACUGACAGGGCUAUGCUUAAACACUGGAAUCCGCUGAAAACGUGGAUGCCAGAGAGGCCCAAAAGGCUGCAAGUCGCACACGAACUGUUGCAGACGAGAGGACUUUUGGAUAGGGCGCUCAUCUUGGAGUCACGCUAUGCUACCGACGAAGAACUGGGAUUGGUGCACACGAAGGAGCACAUCGAGUUGGUCAGGGCGACAGAGAGUAUGUCCCUGGUGGAAGUGACAUUGGAGAACCACCGCCUCGAUCCUGUGACCAGCAUAUGCCAGGAAACGAAUCAGUGCGCCCGUCUUGCGUGCGGCUGCUUGCUCCAGGCUGUCGACGGAGUCGUGUCUGGAAAAUGCAGGAACGGAGUCGCCCUCAUCCGGCCCCCGGGCCACCACUCGGCAGCAGCUACGGUGUCCGGAUUCUGCAUCUUCAACAACGCUGCGGUAGCUGCUCGCUACGCUAUGCAACGCUACGGUCUCGAGAGGAUUCUCAUUUUCGAUUGGGAUGUCCACCACGGAAACGGAACGCAGGAGAUUUUUUACGAAAGCAACUGCGUCCUUUACGUCUCUCUUCACCGAUACUCGAAAGAAAAGAUCUUUCCGAAAACGGAAAUCUCCGAUGCCACGUACAUUGGUAAAGGUGCUGGAAGAGGGUACAACAUCAACAUACCAUGGACCAAGCCUGCCAUGACUGAUGCUGACUACUUGACUGCCAUGUAUCAGCUGGUUAUGCCCGUAGCUUCAGAGUUCGACCCUGAGCUGGUGAUCGUGUCCGCCGGAUUUGACUCCGCGAAAGGAGACAUCCUGGGCGACUGUUGCGUUACGCCUGCCGGCUAUCAGCACAUGACGUCACUCCUGAAGAACCUGGCUCACGGCAGGGUGAUCAUCCAGCUGGAGGGCGGCUACAAUGUGGACGCCGUGGCCGAGUCCCUGGCUGCCUGCAUGGCGACGCUCAUGGGUGAACCCUGCAGCUCUGUGACAAACAUGCAGCCCUCCGCAAGUGCCAUGCAUUCAAUCGCAAAGGCUAAGGCUGCAGUGUCCCCAUACUGGAAGUGCCUUACCGCAGAACCCACGCCUAUUGUUGUGGAGCCUCAAGUUGAUAUAGAAACUUGGCAGAUUCCCAUCCUGCACUGCCCACACGGGAACAUGAUUAGCAGCCUGCCAAGCCAGGGUCUAAGCGCAGACUUGAGGGGCCUGGACGACGUAAACAAGUGGAUAUGCCUCAGGUGCUUUCAGGUACUGGAAGGUGAGACCAAAAGCGAGGCCCUGGUCGAGCACGCCGUCAAGAACCAGCACCUGCUCGUUGUCAACACGCACACGCUGCACGUGCGCUGCCUUUCUUGCCGCCAAGGGGUCAUCCACAAGGAAUUCAUUCCCAUACUUGCUCAACUCCACAAAUAGACGGAAUUACACCGGCACACCGCUUCCAGCACGCUGUGGUUAUUGGUUCCUUAAUUCAGUUCGUAAAUCACUACUGUUACAGCUGUUACAACGGGGGAACACAUAACAACCAUGUACAAGUAACAGCUACAAAAGGGCGUCAUUUCUAUCUCGCUUUCUGCUUACAAGGAAACAAUAAACCUACCCUCUUCACGUU